GCACGAUGCGCCGGGGCGGCCCGCGAGCGGAGCGCCGGCCGCGCUGAGCCAGAGCCAUGAGCCCCCAGAUGCUGCUGCUGCUGACCGUGCUGAGCCCAGCCCUGGCCACCUCCCAGCACCGACUCAAGGUGCCCUGUAAGAUGGUGGGCAAAGAGGCCUUGUGCAAGGGCCUGGGCCUGCUGCAGGUCCCCGCCAUGCUCCUGGCCGACAUCGAGUCCCUCGACCUGUCUGGGAACCAGCUGCGGAGUGUCCUGGCCUCGCCCCUGGGCUUCUAUACGUCGCUCCGUCACCUGGACCUGAGCGCCAACGAGAUCAGCUUUCUGCAGCCAGGAGUCUUCCAGGCCCUGCCCCAGCUGGAGCACCUCAACCUGGCUCAUAACCGCCUGGCGGCGGGCACCGCACUGAGCGCCGGCAGCCUGAGCCCCCUGCCGCACGUGACCUCCCUGGACCUGUCCGGGAAUAGCCUGUACAGCGGCCUGCUGGAGCAGCUGCUGGGCGAGGCGCCCCACCUGCACAGCCUCUCGCUGGCCGAGAACAGCCUCACGCGCCUGGGCCGCCGCACCUUCCGGGGCCUGCCCGCACUGGAGCACCUGGACCUGCACAGCAACGUGCUGAUGGACAUCGAGGACGGCGCUUUCGAGGCCCUGCCCCGCCUGGCCCACCUCAACCUCUCCAGGAACUCCCUCACCUGCAUCUCCGACUUCAGCCUGCCGCAGCUGCAGGUGCUCGACCUGAGCUGCAACAGCAUCGAGGCCUUCCAGACGGCCCCGGAGCCCCCCGCAGAGUACCAGCUCACCUGGCUGGACCUGCACGAGAACCGCCUGCUCCAGCUCCCCGACCUGGCCGCGCUCCCGAAACUCCUGUACCUGAACAUGUCCAACAACCUCAUCCGGCUCCCUGCGGGGCCGCCCCAGGGUGGCGAGGCCGGCCCCGCGCCUUCCCAGGGCUGGCCGGCCUGGCCCCUGGGGAGCCCCGGCUGGAACGCCAGCAGCCAGCCCCUCUCCCAGCUCUUGACCUUGGAUCUGAGCUACAACGAGAUCGAGCUGCUGCCCGGCGGCUUUCUGGAGCACCUGGCCUCCCUGCGCUUCCUGAACCUCAGCCGCAACUGCCUGCGGGCCUUCGAGGCCGGGCACGCGGGCUCCCUGCCUCUCCUGGUGCUCCUGGAUCUCAGUCACAACGCGCUGGAGGCGCUGGAGCUGGGCGCCAGAGCCCUGGGCUCCCUGCGGACGCUGCUGCUGCAGGACAACGCCCUGCGGAGCCUGCCCCCGUACACCUUUGCCGGCCUGGCCAGCCUGCAGAGGCUCAACCUGCAGGGGAACCGCGUGAGCCCCUGUGGGGGCCCGGCCGAGCCCGCGACCCCGGGCUGCGUGGCCUUCUCCGGCAUCUCCUCCCUCCGAGUCCUCAACCUGGUGGACAACAAGAUGGGGACGCUCAGGGCGGGGGCCUUCCUCCGCACCCCGCUGACGGAGCUCGACCUGUCCGCCAACCCAGGGCUGGAGGUGGUCACGGGGGCCCUGGCAGGCCUGGAGGCCUCCCUGGAGGUCCUGGCGCUGCAGGGCAACGGGCUGGCCGUCCUGCAGGUGGACCUGCCCUGUUUCAGCUGCCUUAAGCGGCUCAACCUGGCCGGGAACCGCCUCAGCCACCUGCCCGCCUGGACGCAGGCCGUGUCACUGGAGGUGCUGGACCUGCGCAACAACAGCUUCAGCCUGCUGCCGGGCAGCGCCAUGGGCGGCCUGGAGCCCAGCCUGCGGCGCCUCUACCUGCAGGGCAACCCGCUCAGCUGCUGUGGCAACGGCUGGCUCGCCGCCCAGCUGCACCAGGGCCGCGUGGAUGUGGACGCCACACAGGGCCUGAUCUGCCGCUUUGGCUCCCAGGAGGAGGUGUCCCUGAGCCACGUGCGGCCUGAGGACUGCGAGAAGGGAGGGCUCAAGAACGUCAACCUCAUCAUCAUCCUCACCUUCACGCUGCUCUUGGCCAUCGUCCUCACCACGCUGGCCACCUGCUGCUGCGUCCGCCGGCAGAGGUUUAACCAGCAGUACAAAGCCUAGGGAAGCCGGGAGACCCAGGCCAACCGGGGCGCGUGGGGGGCAGAGGAGAGGGAGGCUGAUUCGCGGUCACAAAGGGAGCCGAGGUCCAAGGACCCUGGCCGCUAAACCCCAGCGUGGGGCUGCCUUCUCUGCAACCUGCUGUAUCAGCAGGUGACCCACGGCCGCCGCUGCACGUGCGUCCAGCUUCGGCAGCCAGAAGGUGGGCGGUGUCGGGGUGAUGCAGAAUAAAGCCGACCCAGCUGAUGAGCACACCUUCAGCGAGCAUCUGUGUCCUCCCACUCCCAGGCACGCAUCCAGGCACGAGGACGCUGGUGAAACACAUCUGUGUCCUCCAGGCUCCCCCAGCCUGGUGGGAGACACGGCGGUGCGGUGACCACACGGCGUGGUCAGGGCUCUGCAGCCACGGCCGGGGCCAUGUGGCCCUCUGCCCUGGCCGUUGCCCAGGCAAGGGAGGCCCGUGCCCAGGAGGAUGUGUCUGAGAUGUUUCCAAGCGGACUGCCUGUCACAUCUUCUGAUAAUGACUCUCAGCCCCUGGAAAAUGAAGACCUUGUGACCGGAAGAGCCACGGGAGUCUGUGUUGGAUCCAGCGCUGGGAGGCCGGGCUGCAGCAGCUCCCACAGGGUCUGAUUAAGAGGUGGUCCCCGCCCCUCCACCCUGGGGCUGUGGCCCAGCCCUGCGCCAUUCUGCUUCCUGCUGUUGACAAGCCCUGCCCCCACCCCCACACUCUCCUGCGGCCCCCAUGGUCCCCACUCUCCUGAACCCCAGCGGCUGCCAGGCCCCGUCUCCAUCCAGGCCCCACGCUGGCUGCUGGCUGCUGCUGUUUCACACCCGCCUUGGAAACCAUAGAUGCAAAUCCCAGCCUUGUGCCUGCCAGCUGCAGAGGUCUGGGUAUUUUAUUCUCAUUUCCCAGGAGAGGAAGCAAAGGCUCCAAAAGUCUCCGUGGCCCACAGCUCAGCCCUGUGGAGCUGAGACUCGGGUCCCUCCCUCUGUCUCUGCCGCUGCAGGGGCUGCCGACUGCCGGGGUGGGGGCACAAGAAGUGGCCCCAUGUUACCCAGACAGGGCUGAGCACCUGUGCUCCCCUCUCUCCUGGGCAGCUGUAGGCCCUGUCCUCCUUCACUGCCUCAGUUUCCCCCUUUUCCCUCCCUUGCAGGCUAGUGUGGGCUCUUCCUUACCCCUCCUGCUCUGGCUUGCUCUCAUUUCCCCUCUCCAUUGAGCUUGGUCUGGAGUCUGAGACUCAUCCGCCCAACCUCCCCAUUGCACAGAGCAGGAAACUGAGGCCCAAGAGUGGGGAAUGCUCAGCGCUGCACAAGUCGGCGCAGAGGCUGUGGGAAAGGCAGCUGGGGGUGGGACUGUCCUCUCCCCGGGGUCACAUCUGGUACCGCUGGCUCCACGCUCUGUUCCUCAUCAUGCAGGGUUUGUUUUUCCUCCUUGAAAAGGGACUAGAAAAAUCCAUGCAGACAAUCCCCUGUGCUUCUUACUGUGGAAUCAGGAGCCGCCUGAGAAGAAAGCCCCAGGCCCAACCAGGAACCACGCUGUCACCACCACCAUCCUCUAGCCCGUGCUUGGCCCUUGCGUGGGUCCAGGACGGGCACUCGGUGACGUGGGAGGGAAUAAAAAUGUUUUACAGAUGUGGAAACAGAGGCCCAGGGUCACGGAUUCAGACAGAUCAUGGGCAGAGCCUGGCAUCCCAGCCCCAGCCUGGGGCAGUCGGUGUAGCCACCAUCUCGGUGGGAGCCACGCUCAUGGGUGCUACCGGGCAACACUACCCUCAGGCUUGGAGGCCACGGUGUCGGCCCCGGUGUCUGAUCUUGAAAACACUACACGGUGCUGCUGUCAGCCCCAGGGGCCGGGCCCCAGUGCAGCCUGGGGACCAGCUCUUUGUAUCACACG